GGAGUGAUUCCCAUUGUUCCCGCCAACAUUCGAAGCCAGCCGCAGGGGGCCAUCCUUGCGUCCUUGGUGACGGAAAGCGGACCAAUCAGGACGCCGGGCGGUGAUUGUGACGCAAUCACUGGUUCUGGUUGGGCGGCAGCAGCAGGUGCCUGGUUACCAUGGGCGAUUUUGAAAAGGGUAAAAAGAUCUUUGUUCAAAAAUGUUCACAGUGCCACACAGUUGAAAAAGGUGGAAAGCACAAGACAGGCCCAAAUCUUUGGGGUCUCUUUGGCCGUAAAACAGGACAAUCUGCUGGAUUUUCUUACUCAGAUGCAAACAAGAAUAAAGGUAUUGUCUGGGGUGAAAAUACAUUAAUGGAAUAUUUGGAGGACCCAAAGAAAUACAUUCCUGGAACAAAAAUGAUCUUUGCUGGCAUUAAAAAGAAGAAUGAGAGAGCAGAUCUCAUUGCAUACUUGAAAAAAGCAACCUCUUCAUGAAACCAUGCAGCUUCUGUGAUGUCACAAGAAUUUCCAGUUGACAUUAUACUUGUGGUACAGUUGAUGCUUUCUUCUUGUCCUAGUGUUUGUUCAUAAGGCAUUACCUGAAAGAAAAUAAAAAGGUUGGCCUUUUUAAAUACUUGUCUCCCUACUACCAAAACAAA